AUGUUUUUAUGUGCUAUAGCUCGUCCAAGAUUCGAUUCAGAAGGGAAUGAAACAUUUAACGGAAAAAUUGGAAUUUUUCCUUUUGUUACACAAGAACCUACUAUAAGAGACAAUAUUAACAGAUCAUUAACAAGCACAUUAGAGACAAAGCAUUUAACUUCGGUUAAUAGAGAAAUCAUGAGAUCUUAUUUGAUUGAAAAAAUCUUGCCGAGAAUAAAAGAAAAAUGGCUGAGAGAUGAUAUGAUGAAUCCGAUUUUUAUUCAGCAGGACAAUGCUAGAACUCAUGUGGAUAUAAAUGAUGAAGUUUUUUGUACGGCAGCUAGACAAGGAGGUUUAGAUAUUCGUUUGAUGUGCCAACCACCGAAUUCUCCUGAUUUGAAUAUUUUGAAUUUAGGAUUUUUUAGUGCUAUUCAAUCUCAACAGCAUAGAGAAGCACCAAAAACCGUCGAUGAACUUAUAUCAGCUGUUGAACAAUCAUAUGAAUCAUUUGACGUGAAAAAAUCUAAUCGGAUAUUUGUAUCUUUACAAUUAUGCAUGAUAGAAAUAAUGCGAGCAAAAGGGUCAAAUAAAUACAAGAUUUCGCACAUAAACAAGGCAAGUUCUAAUUUUUUUAAGUUAAUGCUAACUGCUAAGAACAAAACAGCAUGA